ACUUGUCGAAGAGUUAGAGAGAGAGAGAGCGACUUUGUAACGCGGAGAGGGAAAGUGCGUGUUCUGUUAAGAUCGAAGGGGGAGGAGGAGAGAUGAUGCAGCCAGGUGGAAUGCCACGCUGUAAAACCCAACUUUUCAGAGAGAGAGAGCAGUGUGAUCGAAAAGCCUGUUGCGCAAAUCAUUUCAUUUCUCCCUCUGAAACCACAAUUAAUUAAAUUGUUAAAUUUAGAUACAGAGAAAGAGAGAGCAGGGAACUUUUUUUUUUUUUAGUUAGAGAGAGAGAGGUUUUGGGCUCCGUCAGCUCAGUCCCCACAAAAAAAUGAGACCAUUAUUUAUUGGGCAGAUGGUGACUUACAGAGAGAGAAAAAGGGUGGAGUGGGGUUUAUUCCUUUGUCAAAGAAUCAACAGAGAGAGAUUGGCAAAAGAAGAAAUCAGCGAAGCACAGUUUGUUUUGUUGUAAUUAACCUUAUCAUGCAGCGCGCAUGGCCGGGCAGGCUCUUACUGCACCAGUGGUGGGCCGCAUUUAAUUAAAAAUUAAAUGUAAUUGCCAUAUUUGGGUUCUCAUGCCUUGCCUUUCAUGGCCCCCCCGCUCUUUGGUUGUAUUAUUCGUCAGCACCCACCCUUCUUUUCCCUCCCUAUUCUUCUUCUCCUCCUCCUCCUCCUCCUCCUCCUCCUCAUUGUAUUAUAUGGCAUGCCAUUGCUCUCUUCUCUGCAACCAAAAAUGCAUUCUCAGAAUCCAAGAUCAGAGGGGAUGUUGCUGCUGCCUCUCUCAUCCUUGCCCUGAUUCUCCACCGUCGACAGCUCUUCAUCGCUGUGGCCGUCAUGGCGCCUAUGAGGAAGGAUCACGGCUUCUAUCAGCAAGGCAAUCACUGGUUUUGUGAUGCGGGUUUGCCCAGUGACAUUAUUGUUGAAGUAGAGGAAACCUUGUUUCAUCUGCAUAAGUUUCCUCUGCUGUCAAAAAGUGGAAAGAUAGCGUGGCUAUUGAAAGACGCACAAGAUCAUGAAGGAGAUAUUUUUCAUGCCAAACUAUUGGAAUGUCCCGGAGGCUCUACUGCAUUUUUGGUUGCUACAAAGUUCUGCUAUGGAGCUAAGGUGGAUUUUACUCCAACAAACAUUGCAACGAUCUAUUGUGUAGCAGACUAUCUUGAAAUGACAGAGGAGUUUGGUGAAGAGAAUUUGUUUCCCCAAUCCGAACAUUACUUCCAUAAGAUCAUACUUCGCAACUGGAAGGAUUGUGUGACAACCUUGCAAAGUUGUGAGGCAGUUCUUGCAAAGGCUGAAGAACUCCAAAUUGUGAAGAAAUGUGCCAGUGCUCUAUCCAUGAUGGCAUGCACUGACCCAAGUUUAUUUGGGUGGCCAAUGAUGAUGUAUGGUAAUCUACAAAGCCCUGGUGGGAGUAUCCUCUGGAAUGGGAUAAACACUGGGGCUAAAAUUACGAGCUUCCAAUCUGAUUGGUGGCACGAAGACGUUUCAUAUCUCAGCGGGCCACUAUUUGAGAGGCUCACGGAAGCGAUGAAAGCAAGAGGAAUGCGAUCCGAAAGCAUAGGUGGUGCAGUGAUGCAUUAUGCCAGAAAGCAUUUACCAGGACUCACUAGACGGUUAGGUGGACAAGGAGACCCCCUCAGAGCUGCUGCUAGUAUUAACAAAGUUCCUGUGGUUGUGGAUCAGAAAUCAUUGCUUGAAACUAUUGAAAGGGCUCUUCCUGCAAUGAAGAGCCUAUUUUUUUGUCGCUUUUUGUUUGGGCUAUUGCGGUUAGCCAUGAUACUGAAUGCUAGUGAGGCGUGCAAGAGCCGGCUAGAGAGAAGGAUAGGCAUGCAAGUGGACAUGGCAACUCUUGAUGAUCUCCUUAUUCCUACUUAUUCUGAUUCUGACAACCUUUAUGACACCGAUUGUGUAGAGAGGAUUGUCAAACACUUUUUGUCAUCCGACCCAAAAAAUAUGGCAUCCCCAUCGGAUGCUUUGGAGGAGGAGUUGGGGUCUCCAUCUUUGAGUCCCUUUAUGCGAGUCGCUAGGUUGAUUGAUGGUUAUCUUGCUGAGAUUUCAUCCGACGUCAAUUUGAAACCUGACAAACUGCGUUCUCUUGCAGAGUUCCUUCCAGAAUCUUCGAGGCCCUUCCAUGAUGGUCUGUAUAGAGCCCUUGAUAUUUACUUCAAGGCACAUCCUUGGCUCUCAGAGAGAGAAAAAGAGCAACUGUGCAACAUCAUAAGCUACCAGAAGCUGUCCAUGGAUGCAUGCACCCAUGCUGCCCAAAAUGAACGCUUGCCUCUCAGAGUCAUCGUUCAGGUCCUUUUCUUUGAGCAAUUACAUCUGAGGACAGCCAUUGCUGGAUACCUCCACAUCUCUGAAAAUGAUGAUAUUCCCCCCCCAACAGCCACAAGUGCUGCUGCAAAUCUCACUGCAGGCCAGUUAGUGCAGAGAGAUGGGUGGGUUUCAAUUGUGAGAGAGAACCAGGUUUUGAAAGGAGACAUGGACAGAAUGAGAUCGAGGGUUGGGAAAUUGGAACAAGAAUUCACCACGAUAAAUCUUGCUAUACAAAGAGUACGAAAUAUCAGAAGCUCAUUCUCAUCACCGCGCCUUGUUUCGAGGGUAAUGCGUAGUUGCAAGCUCCUGCAAUCUUCUUCUCAGCAUCAUCAAAAGGAGGAGAAGGAUAGUACACAAAGUCCGGUUUUGGUUGGUGGUACCCCAACAGAAACAGCUAAGCCACGCCAAUCGAGACAUCGGAAGAGUCUCUCUCUGUUCUGAACCAGACGUACAAGGGGUUAAACCUCGCUUGUCAGGGUUCAUGUAAAAUAUACUGUGAACUGCAAUGCUUGAAAGUCUUGAGAUUGGACGAAAUACUUGUGGAGAGAUGGGGGGUGAGGAAUUCAAUUGGAGAGAGAGAGAAAUCUCUCUGACUUGUGUUAAUCUCGUUGGUUCAGCAAGGUGGUUUCAUAUCUCUCGCGUCCCCCCCUCUCUUCCUCGCUCUCUGUCUCAGAGCUACAACAAAUUAAACUGGUUUGGAUGUGAUCUCUCUUUCACACGCUCGCACGGGUAGAACCAAUUAAACUGGUUUGGAUGUGACGUGAUGUGAUGUGCUGGGAAAGUAUGAUCGUAGAAAUAUGUGGUCAUACGUUUCAUCGCCAUCCAAUCAGGAAAUGGACAAUGAUGACUGCAGGGUGGGACCCACCAGAAUAUUUGACGCGACCCAAGUGGUAGAUCGGCUCUCUCUCUCAUUACAUGCUUGGCCGUGAUUGGGUUGGAAUGUAAUAACACUCACCACUAUUUUCCUAUGCUCAUGUGGCUCAUAAUAUACAUUCCCUUUUGUUCUAUAACUGUUGAUUAUUGUACAGGGCCAGGCUAUAUUCUCUCUCUCUCUCAUGUUGUAUACUUGUGGAUUCAUUGAGCCAAUUUUUAACUUGGGUGCGGUUUGUA